GGCCAUGCGCCCAACGCCCAUGCCCCUUCACGAUUGGUGCAGUUCAUGUGGGGACUGGGGGUCCCCGAGGAUGUCGGGUUCUGCGACGUGUACGGCCUCGAUGACGAGAUGCUCGCCAUGGUGCCCCAGCCCGUGCUCGCCGUCAUCUUGCUCUACCCCCAGGACCGGAUCAAGGAAUCCCAGUCUUCGACUGCCUCACCGGUGGAGACCAAGCAGGAGCCCAGCAAGAAGUUAUAUUUCACAAGGCAGACAAUUGGAAACGCCUGUGGAACAGUUGGUAUUAUUCAUGCUCUGGGGAAUGCUGCUUCCAAAAUCAAGCUAGGUGAGGGAUCGUAUUUUGAUAGAUUUUAUAAACGAACUGCUGAUAUGGAUCCAGUCCAGCGUGCUGCAUUUCUUGAGGAGGACCAAGAAAUGGAGGAUGCUCAUUCUGUUGCUGUUUCUGCUGGUGACACAGAGGCCAAGGAUGGAGUAAUUGAACAUUAUAUUUGUUUCUCUUGUGUCGAUGGAGAACUUUAUGAGCUUGAUGGAGGUACGUCGCGGCCAAUAUCCCAUGGCCCUUCGUCCCCUGAUACUUUGUUGCAGGAUACUGCAAAAGUCAUAAAAGAAAGACUCGCACUGUAUCCUGAGUCAAACAGCUUCAAUGUCAUGGCUCUUUCAGGCAGAUGAUAAAUAUAUAUAGCUCGAGAUAUCAACCCGUAGAGCUGAGGUUCUCGUUUGCUGCAGCCUGCUAGCCUCAGUUUCAGUCCAACAGAGAAGCAGUAUUUAGUAUUGUUCUCUGGCUUUUGUUUUAAUAUUCGAACACGGGUGAACGAAAUAACAUGGUGACGACAAUGCAUCUACUCAGAACUCAUUGGUACCCUCGCUCUGUAUCUGUA